GGGCCCGUGCUAGCUCGAGCUCCGCCAUAUCUAGUAGUUUAGAAGUAUUUGUAAGAUUGUAAAUUGUUCAAUUACAAUAUUUUAUAAUUAAAUUGCUACCUUCAAUAUAAACUUGUUUGGAUCAGUCGAAAAUGGAAAGUGUUUACAUAUGUUGAAAGUGAGGGACCAUUAAUGGUAAUUAGGCGUAAUAUUGGAUUUGUUACUUAAUUUUUUAAUUUUUUUUUGGGGUUUAACGCGCUCCCGGGAAGCAAACUUUGUCUACACCGCCGGCAAGGAAGAGAAGGAGAGAGAAUGAAGUUCGUUGUAAAGGCAUGGAGCAACGGCAAAGCCCGAGGUGGUGUUCUUCAAUGCCCUCAGCAGAUAGAGACACCUGCUCUCCUCCUUACAACUCGCAAAGGCUUGCCUGUUUUCAUCCCUCCUGAUCAUCUCCUCUCUCUCCCUUCCCCUGAUUCUAACCUCCUCCACUUCAGUCCCCUUCACUUCUUGGAAGGCAUUUCCCUGAAAGCAAUCUCAAACACUGGAGGGCUGCAUUCAUUGCUUGGUUUACGUGAUCAUAUACUGGUAGCUGUGCCAAGGGAUUCUAUUAUAUCUAUUCCAGACCAUGACAGUACUAACAGGAUUGGAGCUUCCUUUGAAACUCCUUGUGGUCGUAUGUUGAUUAAGCCUGCAGACUACAUGGAAAUGAUUUCUUCAAUGAGGCCAAAUUUAUGGAUCACUUUAGCUGAUGAAGUUCCUGCUUGGGCUUCUGAAAAGAGGAACAAAGCCUCAGUUGAACGUACACUAAAAUGGCUUGAUGAAUGCAUCAAUUCAAACUCGACAGACGGAGCAGUGUUUGGAUCUGUUGUUGGAGGCUCUAGGGUGGAGCAGCGCCGACGUUGUGCUCAAGAAGUUGCUAGGAGGAAUGUAGAAGGUUUUUGGAUUGGUGGAUUUGGACUAGGUGAGAGCAUGGAAGAGCGCAAUCCCCUCCUUAGAGCUGUUGUGGAUAGUUUACCUGAAGAAAAGCCACGUCUCAUAAGUGGACUUGGACUACCAGAAGAGGUCUUGCAAGGUGUUGCUGCAGGUGUUGAUAUAUUUGAUUCCACUUACAUCUACCAUCUCACACUAGGAGGCUUUGCUCUCACCUUUCCUCUUGAAAUGAUAGACACACAAAUUACAACAUAUCAACCAAACAGUAUUUCAGGAUAUGAUGGCAUAAAGAUAAAUUUGAAAGCAACAAUGUAUAUGAAGGAUAUAUCUCCUAUCGUCGAUGAUUGCAAGUGUUAUACAUGCCAAAAUCAUACAAAAGCAUACAUCAAUCACCUUCUCAAUGUCCAUGAGAUGCUGGCACAUGUUCUGUUGGAAAUACACAACACGCAUCAUUUUCUGGGAUUCUUCCGCUCUAUCAGAGAGGCAAUUCAAGAAGGAAAGUUCGAGCAAUUUCGACAGAAAUUCAUAGGAAGUAGGCAUGAACAUCUCUUUUCUGCUGCUUUAAGCGACCAACUUGACAUUUCUGUGCAAGAUUAGAUUUAAGGCACAGCUUUUAAGAGAAAAUUGCUGUUUUCUGAUUGACAUCUUUUCAUAUGCCUGUGGGCGAUGCAAUUUUAUUAUAUUUAAAUCCGUACAAAAUUCGGAUUAUAUUAAAUUUAAAAUAUAUUAGUCCCAAAUAAAUAUUGCGGGUUAAUAUAAUUGAAUUAG